AUCACCAGUCUUUCAUCUCAAAUCAAAAUUGUGGACCUCAAACUGGCUUCGGCCAUAUCUUCAUCCAGUAAAUCCAGAUCUUCCUUUACAAUUUCUUCCCCCACUCCCUCUGUUCUGCAGAGCGGACACGAAUCUCGUCUAUGCAUCAUGCUCAAGCAGACUUUGCGAGGGCGCUACGAGGAUUGGAUUGAGAUUACCUUUGAAGACAUCACUCUCGGGCAUCGUUUCAUCUUCGUCCGUUCCCUCAAAGCCAUCGUAGGUAGCAAGGCAGACCAUGAAUCUCUCAAGCCUAUCGCUCCCUACGUGCCGCAGGAGGCAAGGAAGCGUGCGCCGGAGACUGACGUUUUGCCGGGCGAUCCACCACCCGCCACCAACGCUAUCAAGUGGGUAGCCUCGCUCCCAAAGGCGCCGAUCCCAGCAUCCAUAUCUUCGAUCUUGUCUACCGGCUCUGUCUCGGACAUGAUCAUGAAGCUCAAGAGGAUAGUCUUGCCAGAAAGUCUCAAUCUGGAUUCCUACUCCGUCCACUUUAAGUCUUUGAUCUGGGUUGAAGAAAACAGAAUGGAACAUGACCUCCACAUCUAUGAUAUGUACAACUCUCUACUCGUUUUCAAGGGCGCGUCCUACCGUUUGGAGGUUCCUGGGCUCGCAGAAAAGCGUCCAAGCGUUCUGAUAGGCGAUUCCAUCCUUGUACAACGCCAUGGUGCUAACAGCGGAAAAUGGUUCGAAGGCCGCGUUCACUAUGUCCACAAGGAAAUAGUCGGGCUCAUGUUCCACAAAUCAUUUUCAAAUCCUGACAAGAACCAGCGGUUUGACGUGCGCUUCAAAUUGAAUAGACAUCCCCUACGACGGCAGCAUCAAGCCUUGAGCAGCACAUUCACUCCGGAACAUCUAUUGUUCCCACUUCAACUGCACGUUCACACCAGGGCGGAGGAUGCAACUGUUAUCACACCGCAUAAUCGGAUGUUGGCGAACAACUCUCGUCAGUUGGAUGCUGUGAGUGCCAUUGUGAACAACCCACCUGGCUCUGUACCGUUUGUUGUUUUUGGCCCACCAGGAACAGGAAAAACCGUCACGAUUGUUGAAUCAAUCCUUCAAGUAUUAGAUGCUAAUCCUCAAGCCCGGAUCCUCGCAUGUGCUCCAAGCAACUCUGCUGCUGAUCUUAUAGCGAGCAGGCUGAUGUCUCUUGGAACCGCAAAGCUCUUCCGGCUCUAUGCUCCUAGUCGAGUUAAGGAAAAAGUUCCAGAUGAGUUGCUGCCAUUCACACGCACCAAUCCUGGUGGCUAUUUCACUCUGCCGGAGAAGUCGGUCCUGCCUCAAUACAGCGUCAUCGUUACAACUUGCGUCUCUGCAGCCUUCGCACAUGGCAUAGGCAUGAAACGAGGCCACUUUUCCCACAUAUUUGUAGACGAGGCGGGGCAUGCAACUGAACCGGAGGUUAUGAUCGCGGUCAAGACCAUGGCUGAUAUGAGCACAAACAUUGUGUUGUCUGGCGACCCGAAGCAGCUGGGACCCAUCAUUCGGUCUGCAGUCGCCCGACACUUCCAACUUGAUAUAAGCUACCUGGAGAGGCUUAUGGAUCGAGAGAUCUAUGAUACGAGAAGGGGUCAUGGUGUCACAAUUGUCAAACUUACCAAGAAUUACCGUUCGCACAACGCCAUCUUGAAGUAUCCCAACGAACGGUUCUACGCCAAUGAAUUGGAACCUUGCGCGGAUAAAAAACGAACAGACUUCUUUCUCGGCAGCCCUCUCCUGGUGUCUAGCAAGUUCCCAAUCAUCUUCCAUGCUAUGGCGGGGAAAGAUGAUCGAGAAGCCUCCUCGCCGUCGUUCUUCAAUAUCGAGGAGAUUUCGCAGGUGAAAGCCUACGUUGAGGCAUUGCGCGCCGAUAGACGUUUCGGAGUCUCGGAUCAGGACAUAGGUAUCAUAGCACCUUAUCACGCCCAAUGUGUCAAAAUCCGCACAUCGCUCAAAAAGAUCGCUGAGGACAUCAAGGUCGGUAGCGUUGAAGAGUUUCAAGGUCAAGAGCGCCGCGUAAUCAUCAUUUCCACUGUACGCAGCAGUAGGGAUUUUGUCGAGUACGAUCUCAGGCACACACUUGGGUUUGUUGCGAACCCUCGUCGAUUCAAUGUUGCGGUUACCCGCGCGCAAGCGCUUCUCAUCGUUGUCGGAGAUCCUCUAGUUCUGUCACUUGACCCCUUGUGGCGUUCGUUUUUGAACUACGUUCACAUCAACAAGGGAUGGAAAGGUGUCUCGAUCACUUGGGAUCCGCUCGAGCCCGUUCGGGAAGACGGCGGAUAUGAUGCUGAGUUACGGGAGCAGGGCCUCGCCGACAUGAAUGAGUUCACUCGCAGGAUGGAAUCUUUGGCUCUAGGGAACGUCGAUGAUAUUGAUGGGGCUGAAGACGUUGAUCGACCAUGGAGAGAGGCGGAGUGAUGUGAACAUCUGCUAUGAUCUGCCAUUCAAUGGCCCACAAGUAUGUCCUGACUUCUAUAUGCACCAUGACCAUAUUUACUGUAUUUGACCUUGACGAUCUUCGUAUGAAUCUGAUGUAUGACACCUUGGCGGUAGAACUUAUUGAUACUGUUCUACAGAGUC